AUCAUCCAUCUGCCCAUCUCAUUCUUCUAUCCAUCUACUCACCCAUCCAUCAUCAAGGCAAUCAUGCCACCCCAAGAAACGACACCGCUUCUGGCUACCCGGAACUCUCACAGCGCAGAGAGGUUCAACUUCAUUGCGUCAUCAAAGCACCUCCUCUUUGGCUCAUGGCUCAACCUCCUCCUCAUCGCGGUCCCCAUUUCUUUGCUUGCCGAGCACUUUGAGUGGAGCGCGACCGCCAGAUUCAUUACCUCUUUCGUGGCCAUUGUUCCUCUUGCAAAGCUCCUUGGAGAUGCCACAGAGCAAUUAUCGAUGAAGCUUGGCCAGACUCUCGGUGGUCUCCUCAAUGCUACCUUCGGCAACGCGAUUGAGCUCAUUGUCGCCAUCGCGGCUCUGAUCCAGAACCAGCUCCGUCUGGUCCAGACUUCGCUCCUCGGCAGUGUCCUGUCCAACCUCCUCCUCGUGCUGGGCAUGAGCUUCUUUGCCUCUGGCUUCUUCUUCUACGAGUCGACCUUCCAGGUGACCGCCGCCCAGGCUUCCUCGUCCCUCAUGACUCUGGCCUGUAUCACCCUCAUCCUCCCGGCGGCUUACCAUGCCUCGUCGGGUGAGGACAACGGCUCUUGGUUCAAGGGUGACGCCCCCAACCCCGAGGACCCCUCGCUCCAUGGCCUGCUUAUUCUCUCGCGUGGUACCGCGAUCAUUCUUCUGGCUACCUACUUUGCCUACCUCGUGUUCCAGCUUCGCACUCACUCCGGCUUGUUUGAGGCUGAAGAGACUGAAGAGGAGGAAACGGCCGACAUGGACCAGUGGAGCGCUGGUCUGUGGCUCCUGAUCAUCACCGUCAUCACUGCGUUUGCGGCCGACGUUCUGGUCGGCAGCAUCGACGAGACUGCUCAGGCCUGGAACAUCCCCAAGCGGUUCAUUGGUCUCAUCCUCCUCCCACUCGUCGGCAAUGCUGCGGAGCAUGUCACGUCGAUUUGGAUGGCGUGCAAGGGCAAGAUGGAGCUCACUAUCGGCGUCGCUGUUGGAUCGAGUAUUCAAAUUGCCGCAGGCAUGAUCCCGUUGCUUGUCAUCAUUGCCUGGCCGAUGCACAGAGACCUCACUCUGUUCUUCGCCAACUUCGAAACCAUCGUCCUCUUCGUGUCCGUUAUGCUGGUCAACCUCCUUCUGCAGGACGGCCGCACCAACUACAUGGAAGGACUUAUGCUUAUCGCCUUGUACCUCGUUAUCGCGCUGAGUUACAUCGUCUCGUAAACGACCGAGCUCGGGUCCCCCUCCCUCCCCACUCCCCACCUAUCAUGAGCACUGCUCCUCGGGCCAAGUCUGCAAUGGUUUGCGUCCCAACAAUGCUGGCUCUUCUGCGACAGUCACAUGUGUCUGUAUCAAACAGCAAUAUCACGCCUCGAUUCUUUUUUCUCUUCUAAAGAUAUGCUAUUUCGCCAUCGCCGAUUCUGUCACCCCUUUGUUACUCCGACGUGUCCGGGUUCUCUUCAAUUCCACCUCUUCGAGCUUCACUUGCAGGCUGUCCGAAGUCGCUGAUCGCUCACGCUUGAGCUUCUUGUUAGCGGGUGUGGGCGACUUUUCUGAAGGAGGCGGUCGCUGCACGGUAGGCUCGCGAAGGUCUGCUGCAAAAACAACGGCUUGGCACCAUCCUCCCAACGGCCCCCACUUCUCGGACAGGAAGGUCUGGAUAUCUUGGUAUAGCGAGGCGGACAUGGUUUUCUUUCGGAGUCGUGGAGGGAACAAUGGGUGACGUGCAGCGAUUCCGUAAAUGUGUGUGUCGACAGGGAUCAACGACGGAUGAUCCAUACACAUCAACAUGACGCAGUCGGCAACCUUGCGGCCCACUCCCUUGAGGCGAAGCAGCUCAGCUCGUGCAUCCUCCUCUGGAAGCUUCCUCCAUCGCUCGAGCUCGUCAGCCACAUCUUCAUUUGCGGCACGCAGCGUCGAGAGAGACGAGACGAUGAACGGUGCGCGGUAGCCGAAGCCGAGCUCGCGCAGCUGCGGCUCG